AAACGGAAGGCGGUAGGUUCAAACCAAACACAACGUCCACACGACUUUAAGGACUCAUUCUGCGACGGGAAACUUACGAAGUGUCUUGUGUUUUGUGAGCCGGAGAAGAUUAGGAGAGGCUGGGUGAAAUGAAGUAGCAGAUGAGGCCAUACACCGCUGAGGGAAACACAGGACCACAGAGCUGCACCGGCCACCAGAUUCACUCGGAGACAAAAUGGCUUCCAAAUCAGAGAUGCAUCUCAAAUGUACAGUCUGUCACGAUAUUUUUAAAAACCCCGUCGUUCUGACCUGCAGCCACAGCUUCUGCAAAGACUGUCUGAAGAUCUGGUGGCAGGCGAAAGAGUCGCGACAGUGUCCGAUUUGUAGGGCCGAGUCUUCGAUGGCGGAGCCGGCGUGUAACCUGGUGCUGAAGAACCUGUGCGUGGCCUUCUUGUUGGAGAGAGAGGAGAAAGCUUCAGGUUCCGAGGAUAUCUGCCCUCUGCACGAUCUGAAGUACGAAUUCGAAUGUCAGGACGAUGACAUGCCGAUGUGUAUCGCUUGCACGGAUUUAGAUGAACACACCUACCACAGCUAUAUAUCCAUCAACUUUAAUCUCAUGGUACGCUGUAAACUCGAGGAGGCUCUGGAGCCCUUGAAGGAGAAGUUGAAGAAAUAUGAAGAAGAAAAAGAGAAGUUUGAUGAAGCAGAAACCUUCAUUGAGGGCCAGGCCAAACACACAGAGGCCGAGAUUAAGGAGCAGUUUAAGAAGCUUCACCAGUUUCUAAAAGAGGAAGAGGAGGCCAGGCUGGCUGCACUGAAAGAGGAAGAGCAGGAGAAGAAUCGGGUGAUAAGGAAGAGGAUAGAGGUUCUGAGCAAAGAGAUAGUAACUCUCACGGACACGAUCAGCGCCGCAGAGGACGAGCUGGAAGGCGACGACCUCUCCGUCAUGCAGAACCGCAAGGAGGUAGUGGAGGUAGUCCUGAAGCGCCCCAUGGUGAACGUCUCCGAGUUUCCCUCAGGAGCUCUGAUAGACGAGGCCAAACACCUGGGCAACCUGACCUUCAACAUCUGGAACAAGAUGAAGGACAUGGUCUCCUACACUCCUGUGAUUCUGGAUCCAAACACGGCGUUCAGCGAGUUCAUCGUGAACGACGAUCUGACCGGCUUGGUGCCAGUAGCGGAUCAGUACCUCCCCGACAACCCGGAGAGGUUCAAUGGUUGCGUCGCCGCCCUGGGCUCCGAGGGCUUCAACUCGGGGACUCACACCUGGGAUGUGGAUGUGCAAGGCAACGCAGAUUGGCGUCUGGGCGUGUUCCCGGAGAAUGCCCCGAGGAAGGGCCCGAUAGAGGCCGGAGUAGUGUCACUGUGGCACUACAAAGGCAAAUACUUGUCAUCGGCACCACCAAGCGCGUCCACUACUGUCCGAGUGAAGAAGAAGCUCAAGAAGGUCCGAGUGACCGUGGACUGGGACAGAGGACGGGUGUCGUUCUGUGACGCCGAAACUAAGACGCACAUUCACACCUUCAAACGCAUUUUCACCGAGAGGAUGUUUCCGUUCUUUAACUCUGAGCAUGCGUUGAGUAUAAUACCGCUGAAGAUCAGUGUGACGACUGAACAGAACAGCUAAGAGAUGAAACAGGAUGAACCGCUGCUGCCUCGUUACUCCUUAAAUAUGUAUCUUAUAGUACAUAUAUCAGCGGGUACGUGUCCAUACCAUAGGGUCUUUAAUUAUUGAUCACAAGAACAGUUCUGACUUUGUUUAUUUGUCAUUUAAUGGUUAAAAAAUACAAAAAGUCUUGUUGUGUUUGGGUUUUUGUUAAUCUGCCAAUAUGUUUCAGUCUGAGAAUUAUUUUCAGUCUAUUCCUGGUUUUAAAUCUCUACUGCUAACAACCUGAAGUCUUUGUAUGAGGCUCCAUUCAGAUCAAACUGGAAAAUGUAUGAAGAUUUCUGUGAUUAAACCCUGAAGUUUAAUCUGAUUUUGAUUGAGAAAAAGAGUCACAAUCCUGUUUUAUUCGAGUUGUUUUGAGUUUCUUUUUGUUGUUUAGUUUAACAGUUAUCUGUUUGCUUCUAUUAUCGACCUUUAACAUGUCAAAUAGUUUCUGAUCUUGAUGCUUGGUUUGUUUAACCUUUUCUUUCCACUUUGUGAAAGCUGAGGGAUCCAA